AUGAGCAGUCCUAAACGGAGAAUUGAGACAGAUGUGAGUGGAGCCGGAUGUGCUGGAUGCCUUCUGAGAUCGGGAACUGACUUGAGCCACUCCUCUUUCCUAUCUACAGGUCAUGAAGAUGUAUGCUUUUCCUCUGUUGAUAUACGAGCUUUGGCGGUCGCUGGCACCAUGGGUGGACAUUAUGUUAAUACUUUUACAGUUAUGGACACUGACAAUGUAUUAGUGCAAGAGUUCUACGUCCGCUUCAAGGGCCCGGAUGAGACACCAUUUGCCGGCGGACACUGGAAGAUUCACGUGGAACUUCCGGAUCAAUAUCCAUAUAAAAGCCCAAGUAUCGGCUUUGUUAACAGAAUAUUUCACCCGAAUAUUGAUGAGCUGUCCGGGUCCGUGUGUCUCGAUGUCAUCAACCAGACCUGGUCGCCUAUGUAUGAUAUGAUCAACAUUUUUGAAGUCUUCCUUCCCCAGCUCCUGCGGUACCCGAAUCCGUCAGAUCCUCUCAAUGGCGAGGCUGCUGCCAUGUUAAUGAGGGAACCAAAGAGCUACGAGGCUAAGGUGAAGGAGUACGUUGCCAAAUACGCCAGCAGAGAGGCUGUCGACGAAGCCGGAGAAGAUACCGAGUCUGAAGGUGAAUUAAGUUCCGCUGGCAGUUACGAAUCCGACGAGGAGGAACCUGCAGGUACAAUGGACGACGUGUGA